AUGUCAAAAAAUUCUCCGUUAUAUGUUAUGUUAUGUCUUUUAAUUCAAUUAUUAGUUAAAAUAAAUUGCCAAGCGGAGUCUUUUAGACCAUCACAACGAAAGUCUCAUACUGCUACGCUCAUCGAUAAUGUAUUGUAUAUUUUAGGUGGCAUUAAUGAUGAUGAUGACGUUGACAUUGGCAAGGAAUUUUUUUACCUUGAUGUUUCUAUUCAUUUUAAUACUCAAAAUUUAUCAUGGAACAAUUUAACAAAUAUUAAUAUUCUUCCAUCUCAUUAUGAUGCUGCAUCUGUCACGGGUGGUGUUAAUAAUGAUAAAUUGUUAUUAUAUGGAGGUUCAUCUGAUAAUAUUGAUGACUUAUUUUAUGUUUUUGACACUAAAACUAACUCAUGGAGUAACCCGGAAAUAACUGGAGACACCGCUACUCAUAAAUGUUGCUUGACAGGAAUCAUCGAUUUUCGAGAGAAAAUUUAUCUGUUUGGAGGCGAUAAUGAUAGCAAUGAUAUGCUUAUUUUAGAUACAGUAAAUUUGAACCGGGAAACAGGAAGUUCGAUUAACGCACCAACUCCAAGAAGUUGGUAUGCGGCUGUUUUGUUACCAAAUCAACAAAUUAUUUAUUUAGGUGGCUAUGAUGGUAGUUCAUUAUCAUUAAAUGAGAUCUACAUUUAUGACACAAUUAAUGAUAUUUGGGGUAAAGAGUCAACUUCAGGUAAAAUUCCUUCUCAAACAUUUAGAGAUUCUUUUUCCGCUGUUCUUGACAAUGAUCUUAAACCUAAUGAAGCACUCUGCGUAUUAGAUUUAACAAAUUUUGAAUGGUAUGUUCCAAGUAUUUCCGGAACACUUCCAUCAUCUCGAUUUUAUCAUCAAGCAAAUAUAAUUGGAAAUUAUAUGGUUGUAUCAUUUGGAUCUUCCAUUGGUGGUAUCUUAUUAUUUUUUGGAGGUCUCUUUUUAUAUAAAUGGAAUAAAAAUAAAAAAGAAAGCAAGACAACUCUUGGAGAUGAAACAAAAGAUGAUCAUGAAAAUACGACAAUAUCUACAACUAAUCAUGAACAAGUCAUCUUACAAAUACCUGGAAAUGAGAAUUAUAAUCAUGAACGAGAAGCAACUCCAAGCUUUGAUGAUCAAGGGAAACCAUUACAAAAUAUUGAUACGAUUUUAGACAAUUUUAAGAAUGAAAUACUCCAAGCGGUCAGACAAGAAAUCACGCAAACUUUAGGAAAAGAUGCAUAUGAUAAAUAA